AUGGCAAAAGAGAAGUUGUUGGGCUUCUGUAAGACGUCGGUCGAAGGUUCACAUUCACUCUGGGUAUUGGCAACAUUCAUACAUGGACAGACGGAGUUUCCAGAAUUCAGUGCGGUGUUGAUGUUGGAUGAUGUUCAGCUGCUGUACUACGGCAGCAAUAUCAAGAAAUUUGUGUCUCGAAUACAACAGAACUCAAAUGACGGCAACGACGAGGCCGCAUACGAGGGCUCCUAUAUUGUGGCGGGAGACAUGUAUGAUAGCCUGAAAUGGCGAUCGCUCCAUUUAAAGGUUCUUUCUAAUCACUCUGUAGGAGUUCAUGUUUACCAGAGAAUGGCAGGAUGUGAGCUGAAUGAUGGCAAGCCAAGUCCGAUCAUGGAGUGGGAUGCUUAUGAUGGAACAGAGGCAAUACAUUACAACAUGAGGAAUCACACAUUCAAUGCUCUAUGGCCAGCGUCAAUCUGGAAAGAAUUAAAAUUGGAGACUGCCCGAUUAAUCUAUACAAAUAUAUAUCAACCUAUUUGCAUCAAAACGCUGAAACACUACUUGAAUGAAGAAAAGAAUAUUGUGAUGAGGAAAGAGCGUCCCAGAGUCAGACUGAUCCAGAAGACAGACAGAGACACUGGAGGGGUAACGGUGAGCUGUCUGGCCACUGGCUUCUAUCCCCGACACAUCAACCUGACCAUGCUGAGAGAUGGCCGGCCAAUCACAGAGCAGGAUCUGACACUGGGGGAGGUGCUGCCCAAUGGAGACGGGACGUACCAGCUGAGGAGGAGCCUGAGUGUCAGUGAAGAGGAGCUGAGAGAGAAACACCACUACACCUGCACUGUCACUCACCUGAGUCUGGACAACAAGCUGGACGUCAGCUGGGAACCAGAGGAUGAUCCAGAUAAUGUGUUUAUCACUGUGGUUAUAGUCCUGGUCCUGAUUGUGUUUUUCACCACAUUCAUCGCUGCCUUCAUCAUCUGUAAGAGGAGACAUAAAGAGUGUCCCAGAGUCAGGCUGAUCCAGAAGACAGACAGAGACACUGGAGGGGUGACAGUGAGCUAUCUGGCCACCGGCUUCUACCCCCAACACAUCAACUUGACCAUGCUGAGAGAUGGCCAGCCAAUCACAGAGCAGGAGCUGACAGUGGGGGAGGUGCUGCCCAAUGGAGACGGGAUGUACCAGCUGAGGAGGAGCCUGAGUGUCAGUGAAGAGGAGCUGAGAGAGAAACACCACUACACCUGCACUGUCACUCACCUGAGUCUGGACAACAAGCUGGACGUCAGCUGGGGGACUGAAGACAGGACAAACACCUGA